AAAAACGAGCUUUGUAAUGCAGGUCACAUUUGAAAGCAAAUUACCAAUCGUGUUAGUAUUUUUAUUUUUAUUUUUAUUUUUAUUUUUUUUUGCUGCUUGGGUGCAGUAAGGCUUUGUCAAUCAGGAACACCGCAGUUUAUACCGGAAACAUGCUUUUAUUUUGAAAGCAGUUCUUAACCGUGCUUACCGUAAAAUGCUGUGAAUAAGCGCAGUAACAACCACCAGCCUUUCCUGACUGCGCAGCGCAGACUGAAUUGUGUCGCACGAUUCCAGGAUUCACGCAUCACUGUGCGCCUGCAGCGUCACAAGAUGAGUCCUGCCUCACGAUGCGUGUGACUGUGGGUUUGUUAUUUGGCCUCCAUCACUGUAAGGGUGGAAGUGACACAUCCGCACCGUGUGACAGCUUCUCCGUGGACGCUGAAGGUUGACAGGAUCUGCUGGGGAUGCGCCCCGAGCGCACAGUUGGUCUGUGUUGAUGACGGGCUUCGCGGGGCCGCUUCAGCUCCUGUUUCAGCGCGGAAAGGAUUAUUUGUUUUUACACACCAGGAGGAGAAAUGGGGAGCACGACCUCCUGCUGCGUGUCGGGCAGCCCCAAGCUGCGGAGAAAUGCUCACUCCAGGCUGGAGUCGUACCACCAGGAGUCGGAUCUGAGCAGGGAGGAGACGGCGUGCAACCUCCAGCACAUCAGCGACAGGGAAAACAUCGACGAGUUGAACAUGGAGUACAACCCGUCAGACCAUCCUCGGGCCAGCACUAUAUUCUUGAGCAAAUCUCAUAAUGAUGAUGUGAUUUACAGGAAUGCGCGAGAAAAACGAAAGAGCCUCUUCAUCAAUAAUCAUGGCAGUCUGAGGAAAAAAUACAGCUCCUGCUCAACCAUCUUCCUGGACGACAACACCGUCAGCCAGCCCAACCUCAAAUACACCAUCAAAUGUGUUGCUUUAGCGAUUUACUACCAUAUAAAAAACAGAGACACAAAUGGAGGCAUGCUGUUGGAUAUCUUUGAUGAAAAGCUUCAUCCUCUCUCAAAAUCAGAGGUUCCGCUGGACUACAACCAGCAUGACCCGGAGCAGAAGCAGAUCUACCGCUUCGUCAGAACCCUGUUCAGCGCUGCUCAGCUCACAGCUGAAUGUGCCAUCGUCACACUGGUGUACCUGGAGAGACUGCUCACUUACGCAGAACUUGACAUCUGUCCUGGAAACUGGAAAAGGAUUGUUCUGGGUGCCAUUCUGCUCGCCUCAAAGGUCUGGGACGACCAGGCUGUCUGGAACGUCGACUACUGUCAGAUCCUCAAGGACAUUACUGUGGAAGACAUGAAUGAACUGGAGCGCCAGUUUCUGGAACUUCUGCAGUUCAACAUCAACGUUCCCUCCAGCGUCUACGCCAAGUACUACUUCGACCUGCGAUCGCUCUCAGAGUCCAACAACCUGAGCUUCCCGCUGGAGCCGCUCAGCAGGGAAAAGGCCCAGAAGUUAGAGGCCAUUUCCAGACUAUGUGACGACAAAUACAAAGACAUCCGGAGAGCAGCCAGGAAACGCUCUGCCAGCGUGGACAACCUGUGUGGGAGACGAUGGGUUCCUGCAAUCCUCUCCUAACCACUGACCACCGUCCAGGAGCCUCGUGGAACUGACUGGACCACAGACGUCAAACCUUCCGGCUCCUUUGGAUCCUCAGCAUCAUCAGCACCAACUGGUGAAGGUCACACCUUAAAAUGUGGAACUAUGUGCAACAUGAACACUGGAUCCAGAGAAGUUUCUACCUUAACACGAUGCCUUCGCAGUGCCUCGACUUGUCUACUGACUGGAAGAUGCAGGAAUCUUUGAGUUUUCUUUCACCUGUGAAAAGACAAACAGCUUUGGACCAAGUCCUGGGUGAGGAGAAGCCUUGAGACGUUUCAGGACAUGAUUAUGUGAAACAUCUGCUGAUGUUUCUGGGCUUCUCCUGGAUUUGUCUUAAAAUAUACGUCUAAUGUGAUCUUUUGUUCAGACAACCGUACAAAGAAUAUUAUUUAUUUUGCUCUACAAUUCAAACAUUAGCCUCGUAUGGAGCUUUUUACUUGUUAUUUAUUUUCUUUUGAUAGUACUCUAAACAAUGAAAGUGUUCUUGAAGGUUUACAGUAGUUCUGUUGUACCUCUUAAUACUCAGGUAGAACAUUAAAUAUGUCAAUUCCCUGUGAUGCUCCAUAUUUUAUAUAUAAGGACGGGAACAUUUUGAAGUAGCUCAGACUGUACAUAGAAGGUGCCAGGAAUAAUAAAAUUAGUAAUAAUGUCCAUUCAGAAAUAAGUGACAGUUUGUUCUUUUGGGGUCAAUUUCAGGUAAACAAUAGCAGGAAAGUUUUUAGGUUUUUUUCUAAAUAGCGUUUAUAACAUAAAAUUAAUCUUUUUUCCCCCCAAUUAUCAGUAUUACUUUGAUCUUCAUGUCAAUUAUAACAUGUUUUUCACAGUGGACUGCAGGAUCUUAUUUGCUUCAUUAAGUAUUAAUAUUAAUACUUAAUGAGAACAUUGAGCAGUUGGCAAGUAAAACCAUCUUGUCGGGACUCUUUGUGUCCGUAAAGAUCUUUCUGUUACGUUUUCUCUAGAAGAAAAAUGAGGACAGUUUCAGUUCAGAUUUAAAGAACCCACACUUCUCACUGCGAGGUUAUAAAAAUGUCUUACCAGAAAAAAUAAUAUUUUUCUUGAGCUAUAAAUUUGCUUAGCAACUCUUUUUCAGAUCGAAUAAUGUCUAAUUUGAUUUAUUUUGUGAAAUGUUCUCAAAGGAUUGAUUCUGAUACUUUAGAUGUUGAAAAGUUAACUUUAGCUCACAUUUCCUUUAAAGACAAUUCAGAUUUUUUUGAAGUACGGCGUUAACAUAGAGACGCCUAAUUUUAUCAAGAUCCCUCUAAGAGAAAAUGUCUACCAUUGAAAUAACCCAAAUGUUUUUAGUUGAUAAUGCAGAAGCAAUGUUGUGAAUUUUUCAAGCCGUUAUAUUUCUACAUCAGAUAAUUUUGCAGAGCAACUUAGCUGCGUUUUAUCAAUGCAACAAAGAGAAAAGUGAACGUGAAUUAUUAAGAAUUUAUGAGAAUUGAAACCCUGUUCCAGGAUUUCUGUUAAAAAUAUUCAUAAAGCUACACAAAACCUAAAAAUUAAAAACAACAACAACAAAAAAAAAACAAAAACAAAAAAGAACUUUUGAUGUAAUAGAAACUUUCGUGAAAGAAAUGAUCAAAUUUGUCAUUUGGUGAUGUCAUAAAGUUGAGGAGGAUAAACCUCAACAGAUCAGCAGCAUUUUUAUUUUUUUUUACUGCAGUCCUCAAAUAACCAAUGAAACAUAAAAACAUCUUUUUCAAUCAACUCGAAAGUCCAUUGAAACAUUGGACAGGAGAAUGAUCAGAAAACAUUAGAAGAGGAAGAAGAGUUAUCGGAGAAGUUUGUUUUUAUUUAUUCAGUAUUACAUGCUUUACCUCCACUUCAUCUGAACAGUUUCCUGUCUUACAUGUGUCUUUGUCCAGUGACUCUUAUCAUCUGUUACAUUAAAAAUAAGUUUUACUGACA